UUUAACAAUUUUAACAUGUUAACAUUUUGCAUAAUUACAUAUAUAUGUAUUUGUUUUCAGACCGAUCGAUCAUGGGUAGAGCGAAAUGGUGGGGCAAGCGCUGCCGAUCCGGCUGUGACUGGCCCUUCAACAAUAGUUGGUGGAGGGUUGGGCACGGAUGCUUGGAAUGGAAAUACACCGGUAUCAAGUCCACGAAGAGAAUUUAGCAACCAUCCCAGAAAUAUGGAAAAUUGGAGACGUAGUCGUAAUGAAGAUGGAUCAGGUGGUGAGGCAUCAUCUGCUGCUACAUUUUCGGCCGAUGGUGGAUGGAGAAUGAACACAUCUGGAUUUCAAAAUUCUCAUACACGUUGGGGCAGAUCCACAAGCUGGAGAGAUGACGAACAAGCGAAUAACAAUGAAAAUUCAGGAAUGGUUGGCAGUGGUGGUGCUACUAUUGCCGGAGCUGGUGGUGUAAUGAUGAUGCGUUCCAAUUCAACCAUAUCAACAACACAAAGUGAACGUAUAGUACAAUCAAGUGUUUCGGGUAAACAAACGGGUGCACCUGGAGUUACCCGUUCAAUGUCUGUAACAUCUUCCGGAAGUAGGAACACUGUUAGUGGAAAUAUUUGGCCCAACAGCACAACAGUUGGGCAAAUGAACAAUUGUCAAGGCGAUGGUAGUGGUAACGAUGAAAUGGGCUUACCAGAAUGGGCAAUGGAAAAUCCUUCAGAUAUUGGUGGCACCUUUGAUGCUAGUGGUGCUUUUCAUGGUGCGAUCGAUGAUGACAUACAUGCACCAAAUAUCUCCGAGGAACAAAAUGAGAAUGAUUCGCCUGAACAAAACAAAGAGGAUAAAAAGUCAUCAGAUACAGAAGUCCAAGAAAAGUUAUCAAAAACCUCGGAUGACAAUUCAAAUAUAUCUACAAAGUCACAUAAUUCAUCGUCAAUGAAAGAAACGCAAAAUUAUCAAGAUUCUUCAUCUGCCUCGCCCACACCACCUCUCUCAGUUAAUCAGGAAAGCAAUGACAAUUCAAGUGUUAAUGAUAAAUCAAAACAAAACCCCAGCAGUUGCACAAGGAAUCAGGUUUCUCCAACAGAUGUUGCACAGGAAAAUGUUUUUCAGAAAAAUAUUGAAAAUCAUUCUGAAAAUGAAUAUAACACUAAAGAAUCGGACAACAGUGUAACUAGUAAUAAUGCAGGAGAUUAUGCAGAACGCAUGAUGAAAGUUACCGAUGACAUGAUAGAAAAAUUAAUAAUGGAUGAUGAAGAUACUAAAGAGGAUCAUAUGAAAGCGUCGAUGUUGUCGGGCGGCAAUAAAAGAAAUACACAACCAGUUUUUGUAUCAGCGCUGCAACAACCACAAAACUCAAAUCAUCCGACAACAGUUUCCCCUGCGUUGGGAGGUGGGUCAGGACCAACAUGUCCACCUAAUAUGUCUUUAUACAAUAUGGGUGGUAUUAUGGUUGAUCACACUCACAACAUAGCUGCCUUACAUCAGUUACAACAACAACAAAUGGCAGCCGUAGCAGCCGCAGCUAUUGGCUUACAGUCUACUCCACCCCCACCACAUCCUAUGACUUCUUCAGCCCCUACAGAUUUGUGGUUAUAUCGGGAUCCUCAAGCUAAAGUCCAAGGACCAUUUUCCGCUUUAGAAAUGACAGAAUGGUAUCGCGCCGGAUACUUUAAUGAAAACCUUUAUGUACGACGAGUUUGUGAUGUGCGAUUCAGACCUUUGGGUGAUUUAAUUAAAAUUUGCAAUGGCCAAAUGCCUUUUAGUCAUAGCCAUUUAAUACCAAUUGAUUUGAACACAACUCCUCUGACGCCUCCUUUAGCCCCUGUAAUACCCGCACAAUCCUCUACACCAGCGGCUGAUUUUGUUAUUAAAACGUUAAAUGAACAGCAACAGCAUGAAAAGCUUAAGGGUAAUGUAACUGCUGCUGCUGAUUCCUUAAGCAAUGCUCUAAAGAGUUUAAUUAAUUCUGUAGAUAUUUCUCAAGUUUUAAAUAUGCAUUUCCAAACACUUCAGGACCGUUUUAUACAUAAUCAGGAAAUUGAAAUAGCCAAUGAAUUAUCAAAAAAUGAGUGUUUCCGUCGAUUAAGUCCUGCUGAACAAGAUGCUGUUGUCCGACAAAAAUUGCAAAUGAUGGUUUUGCCAGAGUAUCUUACUAGUUUAACAGGUUUAAGUAAUUCAUUGGCUGCUUUGAAUCCAACUGCUGGUACGCAGUUGUAUGACACUAUUGCUGAGUGUACCAAAAAAGAACAAUUAUUUAGUAAUCAUCAGAGCCAGCCACAAUCACAGACUCCGGUUCAGCAACAGCAACAACAGCAGCAGCAAAGGGGUAACCACCAUGCAUCAUCCGGUACACCAUAUAUUAAUGCUGAGGAUUUCAUUAUGAAGACUAAAAAUACGGGACAUGACUUGAACAGUAAUGAUUUGUUAAAUGAAUUUAAUUUGCGAAUGUUUUUAAACAAUGGUACCGAUUCGGGUUCUGGCGGCAGCGGUGGGGUAGCAGCUUCUAAUUCUCACGGUCAUGAAUUUUUAAGUGAUCAGCAGUUGUUUGGGGCAGGUGCAACACCCACACAAAAUCCUCCAAACAAUGUAACGCAAAGUCCAAUGAUGCAAAUGUGGAUGAAUUCAUUAGCGUCCAAUCAGACAAAUCAUCUUCCAAACCAACAUCCUUUAAUGACCAGUCCUCAGCAAGCUGCCGGUGUUAAUAACCAGUGGCUUAAUGGACCAUUAGUUGGUAUACCAACACUAAAUUUAUCACGGGAACAGCACGGCGGCGUUAACAUUAUGGGUUCACCAAAACCUACUCCUGCUUCAAUGUGGGAUGUGGCCACGCUUGAGCAACAAGUUCAAGUUCAGCGACAACAUGAACAACAACAAUUACAUCAACAAAUGCAGCAGCAAUCAUUUGAUCACCAGCGUCUUGUAAAGGAUGCUGGUAAACACCUUCAAGACCAACAGCAGCAAAAUAUUGAUAAUAAUAUUAACAAACAACAGCAGCAUUCAGAAGAUAAUAAACAGGAACAGCAACAAAUGUCAGAAAACGAAGUACAAAAAUCACUUGAUGCUAUGGCAAAGGUUUCAUCCUUAAAUGAUAAUGGUAAACAAGAACCUCAUCAACGUCAAGCACCAUUGCAACCCUCAAUUAAUGAAAAAUCUCAGACACAAAACAACAACAAUAAACGAAAUUCCACUAAUAAUAACAAUGUUCUGAAAUCAAGCAACAAACCUAAAAGUGAAAAUGUUGAUCAGAUUUCAAAAAAAACUGAUGACGAGCGUCGUCGUGAAAUAAAUGAAGAAAAACGUCGACAAAAGGAGGAACGCAAGCGUCUGCAGAUGGAGGAAGAGAAACGGCGUCUUAUGCAAGCUGAAGAUGAAAAACGCCGCCAAAUGCAAGAAGAAGAGAAAAGGCAGCAACAAAUACAAGCUCAAAGACGUAAGGCAUUAAUGAGCAGCAAUAAUUCUUCUAGCAAUAAUAACGCAAACAAUAGUUUAUUAUCUUCCGCUAAUUCUGCCAAUAAUUUAGGCAGCCAGAAAUCUAAAGAACAACAACGUAUUCAGUCAUCAGUUGCUCCGUGGUCAACUCAAACCCUGACAACAAAAUCGCAAGGACCAGGUUUGGCUGAAAUACAAAAGGCAGAGAUACGCGAACGUCGUGCGGACCAGCAGCGCCAAUUGGAAAUUCAAGAGAAGCAAAUGCGUGCUAACGAAACUCAAGAUACAGUUUUAAAAUGGAAUGCUGCACCUGUGCCUGUUAAAAGUUUUGCUGAAAUUCAAGCUGAGGAGGCGAGACGUUUGGCUCACGAACAACUGGAAUUACAAAGGCGCAAAGAGCAAGAAGCACAUAAUAAUCUGAUCGCCUUUAAUUCUGCUGGUACUACCGCCGCAGGGGGUCUUAAUAGUUCAUCGAAUAUUUCAAGUAUUUGGAGUGGUAAUAAAAUUUGGGGAACAUCUACCAAUACUACUGGCUUUUGGGAAGACCCACUUAAAUUCAACAAUAAAUCAAUGACUUCUGGUUUGUCCAAUAACAAUGUUAACAAUAACAGUAAUGUAACAGGUGCUUCAAUUAUAUCACAAUCAUCGAAUUUGCAACAAAAACAAACAACGUCUCAGCAGCAACAUCAACAACAACCUUCUUCAUCCCAACAGUCUUUAAAUAAGAACGUCAAAAAAAGUCCAGGCCUUGCAGUAGGACAAAAUACAGUAUCCCCACCAACAAGUAGCUCUUUUGGUGGACCAACCCCUCAAAGGAAACCAUCAAAUAAUACUGCACCAGCAACUAAGCAAGUAAAGCCUCAAAAAGCCGAUAAUAAUAGUUCAGUUUCUGGAAACAAUGAAAAUAAAAAAUCUUCUGCUAAAAACAGCAAUAAUGCUAAUAAGAUUGAUGAUUACGAAGCAGAAUUUACCAAUUGGUGUACAAAAAGCCUAAAUAAUAUGAACACAAAAGUAGACGUGCCUACAUUUGUCUCCUUUUUAAGGGAUUUGGAGUCACCGUAUGAAGUGAAGGAUUACAUUCGCAUGUAUUUAGGUGAAAGUAAAGAAUAUAUUGACUUCGCGAAGCAAUUUCUUGAACGUCGAAGCAAAUAUAAAAACUUACAACGCGCACAAAAUGCUCAUGACGAUGAUUUAUGUAAGCCUGCGCAGGCUAUAACUCCAUCAGUCAAUGAUAACAGUGAGAAUAAGGUAUUUAAUAUCAGCCUAUGAAUAUUGUUUUUUGUU